CCGCACAAAUUAUGACUAUCUAUUCAACCUAUUCAAAUACAGGAGUAUUGAAUUGCAUUUACCUGUAUGGUACAGACUUUUCUCGUUUAAAAUACUGCAAAUUAUAUAUGUGUUGUAAGGGAUUGAUUUUAAGCACAAUGUGAUUAAUCAUGUGUUGUAAAUCAUUGUAUAAACGUACUAGAUGUGAGAGAUUAAGAGGAGUUAUAAACCAUGAGUUUACAUUUUACGCAAAUAAAAUGGCGGUAUCGGGACGACGAGGUUUAAACAACUUAUUAUCAACUACUUUGCGUUUUGGUUCAGAGGAGGAUACUGUUUUAUAUUGUCAUCCAUGUGAAUUAAAUGGUCAGACAGUAGAUGCAAAUGGAUAUUGCCAAAACUGUAGGGAAAACUUGUGUAACAGUUGUAUAAACAGUCACCAAAAGGCCACGACCACAAGGAAUCAUACAGUCAGCAAGAAUUUUGAGUUUUUAUCAACAGCUGUUGCAAGUGAUAAAUUGCAAAGCUGUUCUGCACAUCAAAACGAGGAGGUUAAGUUAUAUUGUCGCGCUCAUGAAACGCUUGGAUGCGUGAUUUGUAUGACAAUAUCUCAUAAAUUGUGUGAAAUUGAUUACAUCCCAGAAGUGUCGGAACAAUUUGUGAAAGGUGACGAGUAUAUGAGCUUCGAAUCAAUUGUAAAUAAAUUAAAAGAAAGGUGCGCAAUCGGUCUGAGCAAGAUAGAAGCGUAUAUUGUUGACAUUGAAACAGCAUAUGCAAAUGUUAUUUCUUCUGUUGAGACUACGAGAAAGGAAAUCAUGGAAGAACUCGAUAAAUUUGAGAGAGAAUUGAAAGAGGAAGUGGCAGCAUACAGAAAGAAGAAUAUUGAAACAAUGGAAACGUUAACGAAAGCAUAUGAGUCAGUUGUAAAGAACAUUGUAGAUACAGAAGCUACAACAAAAAAGAUGAGAAAAGAUGAAAAGUACAACUUACUUUUUUGUGAAGUUAAGCAAGCUUUUGCUAGGGUUUCGAAGUAUCAAUCAGAUACUUAUGAAUUAUCUACACGACUAUGCACACAAGACUGCAAAUUUCAGAAGAGCACCGAACUAAAUUCAUUUCUUACUAAAGAAAGCAUGUUCGGCACGAUACACGUUAAAGACAUAGAACAGGGUCCCUGUAAUGUCCCAGAAACAAUUAGCAGACAACCGGUGUGCCAUAUCAAUAUCAAAGGCAAAAAUGAUAAGAAGACAUGCUACGCAACAGGACUGGCUUUAAUGUCAUACGAUCAGUUGGCUAUUGCUGACAAAGCAAACAAAAACGUGAAAAUAGUAGAUAUAACCUAUGACAAAAUGAUUUCUGAAAUCACGUUAUCCUCGAGUCCUCGUGACAUCACAGUCAUACCACCCGACAAACUGGCCGUAACCCUGAGAGAUGAAAAUAUAAUUCAGCUAUUGUCAACAAGUUCAGGCCUUUCGAAAACUGAAGAAAUUAAGACAGACGGACAUUGUCGUGGUAUUAAGUUUCACAACGGAACUUUAAUAGUAGCGUUCGACAAUUUUGCCGAUUACAAAAUUCAACUGAUGACUAUAAAAGGCGAGGUAUUACGUUCAAUAUAUCGAAGUGAUGAAGGAAAGUCAUUUAUGGCGGAACCAAAAUGUAUAGGACUUUCACCUGAUGGUAAACAAAUGUAUUUGACAGAUCUGACAAAGAUGUCUCUUUAUCGGCUAUCAAAUAGUAACAAAGUUACAGCAGAAUUCGGAAAAAGACACUUCAUGGGCAUUGCCGUUAGCGGAGGUGGCUCUGUUUAUGCAUGUUCCAAAGCAAACGAAGCAGUGUAUCAGUUAGAAGACGACCUAUCAAACGCAAGAGUCAUUUUGAAUCAGACAGAUGGUGUACGAGGGCCAAUAGCGCUAGCAAUUUGUCGUGAAAGGGGCAUGCUCGUUGUAAGCUGUGGAAGUGGUGGUGCUGAAGUGUGUGACAAACUUCAUGUAUUUAAAAUCAAGCAAACUUGAUCUUAUUGAUGUAAUUCGUGACAUAUUGUCUAUCUCACAAUGGUCAAAUCGGUUUUUCUGUGAUUUAAUUUCAUUCAAAGGGGCCUCCUCUUCUUUAAGGGGGGUGUGUGUGUGUGUGCGUGCGUGCAUGCGUGUGUGUGUGUGUGUGUGUGUGUGUGUGUGUGUGUGUGUGUGUGUGCGGGUUUAAAGUCUUUUUCAACAAUUUUUCAGUCAAAUAAACAACGAAUGUCAGUGAAUACAUGUCUCAGUUACCAGAAAAUAAAGGUGAACGCUUUUUUCCUAUUCAUUUAUAUUCCUUAUGGUUUCUGAUGGUACUGAAAUUGUAUCGCUUAUUUGGUUGAGAUGUUUUCCUCAGAAGCUUUGUUUCCACGGGAUUCCCAAUUACUCAUAACAAUGAUUAAGGUUCUAUGUUCGUAUUUAAACGUCAACUUUUCCAUGGAAGAAAUUUAAUUCCGACAGAUUUCAUUAACUAUACAACAACCUUAAAUUACCAUGUGUCGGCAGUAAAAAAGUCUUCCAGUACUCAAACUCAGUAUUUUCUGGUUCUUUAGGAUCAUGGAGAACAUUCCUUUCUCUUAAAAUUAAAAUCACCUUACAUUGCUGCUAGAGGGCGUGAGAGGUGUUGCGCAUUUCAUUACAUAUGUGUUGGUCUACUGUUUUAAAGUUCCAGUAUUUGGUUUCGUAGAAUAGUAUUCUAAUAACGUUUAACAAAUAGAUUAGCAAUUAGGCCCAUAAACAUAAACGUUUAAAUACUUAUUAUUCUAUUUGCCACAUUUUAGAAAGAUCAUAACGAAAAUGCUAAUGAAAUUAGACUGAGCUGUUUGUAGCUGCAGAUUACACUUUUACGCAAAGUUCCAUAAUAUAGUAUUUUCUAAUUUUACAAUGAUAGAGCGAAAAGAAUAUUUAGCAUUUUGAAUUUUGGACUAAAAAUCUUAACGAAUAUAGGACCUGUUCUUAAUUUUGUUUGCUUCUAUGUGAAAAUAAUCAUCUUACUAUGUAUUAUCUAUGUUUUCUAACAAUGAUUUUGAAUUACGGGGUACUGUAAAGAAUGGUCAUUUGUAUUUUAUCAUGUUUUUAUGUCUGUUUUGUAAGGUUUAUACAUGUUACAUCAUCCGUAAGUUUGUAAGUAAGCUAAGAACCUCAGAGAUUUCUUGCAUACUGCCUUAUUUUAAACGUAUACAACUGAGAGUUCGUAACCGCAGGAGGUGCUCUUGUUAAAUAAACAUGCAAAAGCAAAGCUACUGUGCAUCUUUCGGAUUUCAGUUCGUUAAUACCCUUUUCUAGUUGUUUAAGUAAGGAUCAAUUCACAACUUCUUUUUACUUUUUAUAUAACAAUGACCUAUAUAAAUGUAAAUAAAAUGCUAUGCUUAUUCGUUUCUUAUAGUUCUGAAAAGAAUUUUUUCAAAUGUACUUUUAUAAGAUUUUAUGUUGUAUUGUGAGGUACAUAAGUUAAGACGAAAAUAAAUUAUAUGAUCUAA